GUCGCCCCCUGUACUAUCCACAGUCUCUGGUCAUCUCCUGUACUGUGUCCGCAGUCUCUGGUCAUCCCUGUAGAGGCAGGUCCGCAGUCUCUGGUCAUCCCUGUACUGUCAGCAGUCCGCAGUCUCUGGUCAUCCCUGUACUGUGUCCGCAGUCUCUGGUCAUCCCUGUACUGUGUCCGCAGUCUCUGGUCAUCCCUGUACUAUGUCCGCAGUCUCUGGUCAUCCCUGUACUGUGUCCGCAGUCUCUGGUCAUCCCUGUACUGUGUCCGCAGUCUCUGGUCAUCUCCUGUACUAUGUCCGCAGUCUGGUCAUCCCUGUGCUGUCCGCAGUCUCUGGUCCUGCACUUCAUCCUGUACUGUGUCAUCAUCCCUGUACUGUGUCCGCAGUCUCUGGUCAUCCCUGUACUGUGUCCGCAGUCUCUGGUCAUCCCCUGCACUGUGUCCGCAGUCUCUGGUCAUCUCCUGCACUGUGUCCGCAGUC